UCAGGUUAUGACAUCCGAAAAAAACGUCGACACUCGGUCACUCUAGUUCCUCCAACUGUUUUGUUAUCCCUCGACGGCAACCUGGACUAACACAAGGUGAUAAUCAUAUUAAAUUCUUCUGUUAAUACAUAAAUUAAUAACCAUGGAUGAUGUUAUAUCACAAUUCAUGGAUAUAACCGGGGUUGAACGAGAAAGAGCCGAAUUCUAUCUCGCCUCGUCAGCUUGGCAGUUAGAGGUUGCACUGGGUAAUUUCUACGAGGACGGUGAGUCAGUUGCGCCGGAGGGAGUACCUGAGAUAAUUUCAGCAGAGGUAUCGAGAGAGAGAUCCUCCCCAGAGGAUAUAUCCCAGGCAGAGGUGACAGAAUCCACCCCGAUGGAUCCCUCCAAACAAAAAUCCAAGCCAAACCCCAAGACAAAUUCCCGUUUUGCCAGUCUGAGUUCCCUCCAGAACCAGGAAAGCAGCUCCGACGAGGAAGGACAGGCAUUCUACGCGGGUGGAUCGGCAACAAGUGGACAACAGAUCCUGGGGCCCAACAAGAAAAAAGCAGACAUCAUCAAUGACAUGUUUAAGACGUGCCAGGAGCAGUCAGUCCCUGGAGAUGACAGGCCCCAGAGCCAUUGCUCACAUCAACAGAGACCCAACACUUUCAGUGGAACUGGUUAUAAAUUAGGACAAACUAGUAAUGAUACAGAAGUAAUCCCCGCGUCACCAUCUAGUCAGCCCAGUAACAGAGGAUUAAUAACCCUGAAGCUGUGGCGUGAUGGUUUCACCAUAAAUGAUCGUGAGAUUCGAUCAUACACUGAUCCGGAGAAUCGUGAAUUUUUGGAUGCUAUAAAACGGGGAGAAAUACCAGCUGAGAUACGUGCGGAGGUGCAAGGGGUUGAGGCACGUCUGGACAUGGAAGAUCAUCGUCACGAGGAAUACGUGCCACAGAAGCCGAAAGUCAAGGCUUUCGCUGGGCCAGGGCACAAAUUGGGGAGUCCAUCGCCAGCAACAGUAGGGAUGACAGUGCCAGUGGACCCAGCAGAUCAGGCAGCCAACGAAUCUCAGGCUCGUAGCCAAUUGAAUGUGGACACAAACAGUCCCACGACAACGAUUCAAAUAAGACUGGCAGAUGGUCAGAACAUUCGCGAACAAUUCAACCUGACUCACACAGUCGGUGACAUAAGGAGGUACAUAACAACGAUGAGACCCCACUACGCAAUCCAGGAAUUCCGUCUUCUGACAGCCUAUCCAACAAAGGAGCUCACUGAAGAGGACAAAACAAUCGAUGAGGCUGGCCUCAAAAAUUCAGCUCUCAUGCAACGCCUUAAGUAGAACCUUUCACUAUUAUCCCCACCUGAAAUAUUCUUACUGUUUUUAAGCUCACGUUUACAACAGAUCAAUAAAACCUAGAAUUUGAUUAAUAAGUAA